AUGGAUCCAGAUGAUCCAACACAUGAGGCCAUGGGUCGCCCAAAGAGAAAAACAAAACUUACCUUUGUCGGAAAGGAACGAUUUGAACAAACAGUGACAAGUUUCUGGAAUAAACAGAAAAAACUCAGAAGGAAAUUGGAAGAGGAAAUGAAAGAAAAGGCUUCACAUUCAAAAGAGUCUUAUGUUCUACAGAGAGACAGAAUUGGCAGACUGAUGUUGGAGUAUCGUGAUCUUCAUGAAGAUUUCAUGGCUUUCCUAGAACGAUCAAACUCAGAUGAGAGCUACAGAGAAAAGGCAUCACAAGACUUACUAAUGCGUUCACUGGAAGACAAGGUGAAUGACUUUAUGCACGAAUUAGAUGCAAUGAGGAAAUCGUUUGUUAACUACAGUCCGAAACAAAUCCAGGUCAAAACGGAACCAAGAGUGAGUCCUACUCAACCAAAGGUUAUUCCAGAUAAUACAUCUGCUCGCUCCCAAAGGACUUCACAUUCAUCUCGUAGUUCAUCUCACAGCAUCUCAUUAGCUCAACAACGUAUGGAAGCUGAGGAGGCAAAGGCGAAAUUAGAGUACACACAGAGAGAAGCCAAACUUAGGAAGGAACAGGCAUCUAUUCAAGUUGAUUUGGAGGUUCUUGGAGCCCAAAGAGAUGCUGCAGUAGCUGAAGCCAAAUUACGCGCAUUGGAAAACAUGCAAGAUUGCAUAUCAAUCUCAUCACAGUCUAUAGUCGGACCAGUUCUGGAGAGGGAGGACCCUAUGAAGCGAACCAGAAGAUAUGUUGAGGAAAUUCACCAACAGCCAGUCGAGUCCACAAGGAUGCUUUCACCAUGUCGUGCACUUGAUCCAUUUGAACCAAAACACAGCGAGUUUACAAGUUUUCUUCUUAAGAAAGAACUAAUGAUUAACAAACUAGUGAACUUUGACGAUAAACCUGAGAAUUUCUUGGCAUGGAAAACUACUUUCAAGUCCGUAAUACAGGAAGCCUCCGUAUCACCGGCAGAGGAACUAGACCUACUUAUAAGGUGGCUGGGACCAGAAUCAAGAGAACACGCAAGAAGGGUGAAGGCCACAACAACCCAUAACCCAGUAAGGGGUUGUGAGGCCCUUUGGAGAAGACUUCAUGAGAGAUACGGUUCGCCAGAAUUAGUUGAGUCUGCAAUACGGCUAAAAUUGGCCAAAUUUCCGAGGUUGGGGAACAACGACAUGAAAAAGCUGUAUGACUUGUCAGACCUACUUUGCGAAAUAAAAUCGCUAAAGGAUGACCCCAAACAAGGACCUCUCUUCGCAUACUUUGACACUUCUGUAGGAGUUCUUCCUAUUUUACAAAAACUUACGUACAGUUUGCAGUCCAAGUGGACCACAAAGGCAUCUAAAUACAAACUGCUACAUAAUGUGUCAUAUCCACCGUUUGAAAUAUUUUGUGACUUUAUUGAAGAAUCUGCAAGGAUGCUAAAUGACCCAGGAUUAGUGACCAAGCCAGACAAUCCUAAUUAUAAACCACAGCAGCAAAAUCGCGGUCAGCAAGGAACCUUCUCAGUGAAGAAGACAGGUGUCACAGAAACUACAGGCUGUUCUAGUGUCCAGAAAAAGUGUCCAAUUCAUGGAAUGGGUCACACUUUAAAUGAGUGCAAGGCAUUCCGAAAGAAGUCGAUUCGUGAACGCAAACAGUUUCUUAGGGAACAAAAUCUGUGCUAUAAAUGCUGUGAAUCUGACACUCAUGCAUUCAAAACGUGUAAUGUUAGUGUUAAAUGUACAGAGUGCGGAAGUGUGCAACACCCCACAGCCCUCCACAGGCCUCCAGACAGCCAGGCAACCCCUGAACAGCAUGGCGGGGAGCGCAUUCUUAAAGGAGGAGAACAGAUUCUUUCAAAAUGUACCGCCGUAUGCGGAGCCCAUUUCCAAGGACGCUCAUGUGCGAAAGCGGUCCUAGUGAACGUCUAUCCGAAGGAUGACCCGAAGAAGUGCUUGACUCUAUAUGCACUAAUAGACGAUCAGAGCAAUGCUACCCUUGCAAAGCCUGAACUCUUUGACUUUAUGGGUGUACCAAAUUCCCAAGCCCAUUUCUUCACACUAACAUCCUGUGCCGGACGUGUACAGAAAAGCGGUCGACGGAUAUCUAACCUAAUGGUUGCGACAAUGGAUGGGUCUGUGGUAAUGGAGAUGCCAACAAUCACCGAAUGUGACGAGAUCCCUAACGAAAAACAUGAAAUACCCACCUUCGAGGUAAUAAAACACCAUGCGCAUCUGAAGGACUUACCUCUACCACCCAUAGAUCCGUGCGCUGAGAUUUUGGUUUUAAUUGGUAGAGAUCUUUUGGAAGCUCAUCAUGUUCAAUCUCAGAGACUAGGACCAAAGAACUCACCUUUCGCUCUACAGCUUAGACUGGGAUGGGUUGUGAUUGGAGACGUAUGUCUCAACCGGGCACACAAGCCUUCAAACGUUAGUGUUUAUAAGACAAAUGUUAUAACUAGUGAAAGGCAGUCCAUUUUCCAACCAUGUCCGAACAAGUUUCAUCUCACUGAGGACGACACAUCUAACCAUGAGGACAUUGGAGCCCAUGUCUUCAAAAGAAAAGCAGAUGAUGAUCAGGUCGGUCUGUCUCUUGAAGAUCAUCAGUUUAUUAAAAUCAUGGAUGAAGGGUUUGUGAAGGAUGAGGAUGGACGGUGGAAGGCUCCACUUCCCUUUAGAUCUCCAAGACCUCAGCUGCAGAAUAACAGACUUCAAGCCCUGAAACGUGCCCAGGUGUUGGACAGUGAUCUGAAAAGGAAUCCUAUUAAGAGAGAACACAUGAUUAUUACCUUCAUGAAAUCUAUCACAGAGAGUGGUGCAUUAGAGGUCGCUCCACCAGUUCCACAAGGAAAAGAGUGUUGGUUUUUGCCUCUUUUCGGAGUGUACCAUCCCAGGAAACCAGACAGGAUACGUGGAGUGUUUGAUUCUUCGGUGAAGUUUGAGGGUCUAUCCCUUAACAAUGUGCUUCUCUCAGGACCAAAUAUGACCAAUGACUUAUUAGGUGUUCUGUUGAGAUUCCGCAUGAACAAAGUCGCUAUCAUGGCAGACAUUGAGAAAAUGUUCUAUUCAUUCCUCGUAAGAGAAGAAGAUAGAGACUUCUUGAGGUUCUUUUGGUAUAAGAACAAUGACACAGAGGAAGAUUUAAUGGAGUAUCGGAUGAAGGUUCACGUGUUUGGAAACACACCAUCCCCAGCCGUCGCAACCUAUGGUCUAAGAAAAACUGUAGAAGAUCAGGACGAAGAUGUAAGAAAAUAUGUGAUCAGGAAUUUCUACGUGGACGACGGACUUAUCUCCUUACCUACAAGUGCCGAAGCUAUUGACCUUUUAAGGAGAACUCAAAGUGCAUUAAAGAAAGCUAACAUUAGACUGCAUAAGAUCGUAUCCAACGAUGUGGAAGUCAUGGAAGCUUUCCCAUCAGAGGACUUGGAAAAGAACUUGAUGGCACUGGACAUCGGAUCAGACGACUUACCUGUCCAGCAAAGUCUAGGUCUGGCAUGGGAUAUAAAUGCGGACAGCUUCACCUACAACACACACAUUCCAGUAAAGCCAUUCACAAAGAGAGGACUGCUUUCUGUCAUCAACAGCUUGUUUGACCCUCUUGGCUUCAUUGCGCCCAUUGUGAUACAUGGCAGGAUCCUGUACAGAGAGCUGGGUGAGCAUAACAGCAGCUGGGAUGAUCCGCUUCCUGAAGGUCGGGAGAAAGAGUGGCUACAAUGGAAAGACUCCCUUCACAGUCUAGAAGGUUUACACAUUCCGAGAAUGUUCACUCCACUUUCCUUAAGCUAUGCUGAUUUGAAGGAAUUACAUGUCUUUUCUGACGCUUCCGAGAAGGCGAUAUCAGCUGUAGUGUACUUGCGAACAGUUAGCAGUUCAGGUGACAUUCAGGUUGGAUUCGUCAUUGGAAAGUCGAAGAUAGCUCCACUUCAGUCCACAACAAUUCCACGUCUUGAACUAUGUGCAGCUGUUUUAGGCACAGAAUUAGUCCAGAUUGUGAUUAGACACUUAGAUAUUGACCCAGAUUCUGCUACUUACUAUACAGACAGCAAAGUGGUGCUAGGGUACCUGAACAAUCACACUCGCAGAUUCUACAACUACGUUUCUAAUCGGGUUAGUGUCAUACACAGAAGAUCUAAACCUCAGCAAUGGAGUUUUGUACCGACUUCACAAAAUCCGGCAGACAUAGGAACAAGAUGUUCGACAUCUGUGGAGCAGCUAGCUGAGAGUGAUUGGCUUCGAGGACCGCCUCUACUAAGGUCUCCUCAACCCGAUGAAGAAAUACUUACCUUUCCAUUGAUUUCUCCAGACAAGGACAAAGAGAUACGCCCAGAAGUCAAUGUGAAGAAAACUGAAAUACACACACCAUUGGUGACACGAUUUGAACACUUCUCCGCUUGGAAAAGUUUAGUUCGAGCCAUUACAAAUCUGAAGAAAAUCUGCAAGUUGAGGAAAGGAAACAUCAACUUACCAUCACAAAGUGUCCAGGACACUCAGGAAGCAGAACUAUUCAUCAUACGGACAGUCCAAGCAUUCUUCUAUGAGGAAGAAAUCAAACGGAUCAGAGACAGUAAGCUGUUGCCUUCAUCAAGCAGCAUCUUGAAUUUACAUCCGUUCUUAGAUGACCAGGACAUUCUGCGUGUUGGGGAACGUCUAAACCAAGCUCCUUUGUCCUUUGAUGAGAAGAACCCCAUCAUCUUGCCUGCAAAGUCUCAUGUUGCAAAACUUAUUGUGACUCAUUUACAUGAGAAAGUGUACCACCAAGGGAGGCUUAUUACAGAGGGCAAAGUGAGAUCAAGUGGUUUUUGGAUUGUUGGAUGCAAGAAACUGGUCAAUUCUAUCAUACGCAAGUGUGUUGUGUGUAAAAAACUUAGAGGGAAGUUGGAGUGUCAACGCAUGAGUGACUUACCGGCAGACCGUGUCACACCAGGACCACCUUUCUCUGCCAUAGGAGUCGAUGUUUUUGGCCCAUGGUCUAUAGUCGCACGCAAGACUAGAGGAGGAUUAUCACACAGCAAGAGAUGGGCUGUUCUCUUUUCCUGCCUAACUUCGAGAGCUAUCCACAUAGAGGUGAUAGAAGAGAUGAGUGCCUCAUCAUUCAUAAACGCAUUACGACGUUUUGUUUCCUUACGUGGUCCGGUCAAGGAAAUACGGUCUGAUAGAGGGACUAACUUUGUAGGUGCUCUAGACGUCAUUCAGGCAGAGGCAAUAUAUACAGAAAAGGGACCACUUAAAGAUUACCUGCAUGACAACAAAAUAACAUGGACAUUCAACCCACCCCAUGCUUCGCACAGAGGAGGUUCUUGGGAGCGAAUGAUCGGGAUCUCUAGGAAGAUACUUGAUUCCAUGUUACUUAACCCUAAUGUGAAGCAGUUAUCCCAUGAAGUACUGUGUACUUUCAUGUGUGAGGUGUGCGCUAUCGUGAACUCUAGACCAAUCUGUUCUGUGUCGUGUGAUCCUGACAAUCCGUACGUCAUCAGUCCGUCAAUGCUACUUACCCAGAAAAGUUUCCCUGACAUUCUUCUGAAAGAUUCAUCAGACAUCAAGGAAAUAUAUAAAGCGCAGUGGAAACAUGUGCAACAUCUUUCUGAUACUUUCUGGAAGAGAUGGAAGGAUGGAUAUUUGCAACAUCUCCAGCGUAGGACAAAGUGGCAGUCUGAACAUCUGGACAUAAAAGUAGGGGAUGUGGUACUGUUACGUGAAAAGGAGUUACACCGUGGACAGUGGCCUAUGGGUCUAAUCGUUCAAGUUUUCAAGAGUGAUAGUGAUCAAAAAGUCAGAACUGUUCAAGUUCGUGUUGUCAGAGAUGGCAAGGACACUACAUACAUUAGACCAAUUACAGAGUUGGUACUGUUAAUUGAUUGA